AUGGCCGGUUACUCUGGGAAGUCGGGGCUCCUAUCCUGUGAGUCCUGUGAUAUGGUUUUCCGCUCCUGGGCUUUGUUCGUCACCCACGCCCAGCGAUUCUGCAUUGGCCGACUGACUCCAGAGGUAACACUUGGAACACAACCUUCAGAAACCACGGAACAACGGGGCAGCACGGUAAUAAGGGUCACCUGUGGCCAGGGGUAGGGUUUUUCCAAUAAGAUUAUGGCACAAGAACAGAGCCUCUCAGAUCAGAAGUCCAGAAAAUCUGUGGUAAAGAGGUUGACAGAGGAGGAAAUAGGUUCCUGGGCGACUGAGGGUCCCACCUCCCAAACUGCUGGAAGCCCUGGUGACAGGCUGCUGGCGUUGCAGGGAACCCGCGCUAGGCGCCUGGCGGAGACAGAAGCACAAAGCCGGGCCCUGGACCGCUGCAGCGAAGAACUAAAACGGCGCCUCCUCGGAGUAGCAGGACCCAGGGGAGGAUUGUCCCGCCCAUUCGGCCUGGAGCGCGAACUCAGGGAGCUCAGGGCAGAGGCCGGUCGGACGCGGGGCGCGCUGCAAACCCUGGGAGCACAGAUCCUGGCGCUCCAGCACCAGCCUAGCAACCCGCAGGACGCCUGCAGGGAAGCUGAGUUGUGUUGCCUGCCACCACCUGCCAACCUGGGAAAGCUGGCCGCAGCAAUCCGGGCCCUACGGGAGGCCUACGUGCGCGGUGGAGGCCGGGACCCAGGAGUUCUGGACAAAAUAUGGCAGCUGCAAGUGGAGUCAUCAGCCCUGGAGUUGCGAAGGUCGCAGAACAGCGAUGAAAAAGCAAGUGCCACCUCUGAGGAGCUUCUAAUGGUGGAAGCCGAAAAUCGGCUCCUGGAGGCAGAAAUCCUGGCCCUGCAGAAGCAGAAGGACCUGAGCCUGGCGCCCAGGGGACCCACGGAUCUCUGGCGACGCAUGAGUAGAAGAAGCGAUAACUCCCUCCUUCCUCCACCUGUUGCACCCCCAAUGCCUCCACUUACCAGUUCCACAAAUGUCCAGAACUUCCAUGGCACUUCAAAGGCUCAGAUACUUAAUGGAACCAUGACAAGGCACUUAGGCCUGGAUCACCACUUCCUCCUACCAGCAUCUGAUGUUCUAGGCCCUGCAUCCUAUGAUCCUGGGGCUGGCCUUGUCAUUUUCUAUGACUUCCUAAGGGGCCUUGAGGCUUCUUGGAUUUGGGUGCAGCUAAUGACAAGCUUGGCCCGGGAUGGACAGGAUACAGGAGGGACCACAGCAUUGCCUCCAGCCCUUUGCUUGCCUGGACCUGUGGGCAACUGUGCCAUCCUUGCAAGCAGGCAGCCUGUGCCUAGGCUGCCUCCAUCACCACUGGUAUCUUUAAUCUGUGAGCUACAGGCCUGGCAGGGAGUUGCAUGGGGGCCACAACCAAAGGCUUGGGCCUCACUAUUGCUAUUUGACCAAGAUCAGCGGGUGCUUAGUGGCCGUUGGCGCCUCCCACUUCGGGUCCUUCCUCCUAAACCCAGCCUCAGCCUUGGGCAGCUGAAUGAGAUUCCACAGGCAGGCCAAGCUGAGCUCUUUCUGAGACUGGUGAAUGCAAGAGAUAAUGAUGUUCAGAAACUGGUAGAGAUCAACCCAACAAGUGCCCAUGAAUACCAGUACCCACCACUGGUAUCCAGUUCAUCUUCACUGGAAACUAGUUCGUUCCCCCACAAGUGUGGCUUUGCUGACCUCCCACCUACCAAAGAAGAGGCUUUUGUCAGUAACAAGGAUAAAGAUGAGCAUUUGAGCCCUUACCAGUUUUGACGCAAACACAUCAGAUUUCUGAGGCAUAAGGCCUAUUUCUACAAGACCUGCAGCUCUUCUAAUGAGGUCUGGAAG